UGUGCCUUUCAUCACAAUCUGAGGCUUGGUUUUGAUCAACGCUGUAGCCAUCAUUAUUAACACAUCUUCAAAGGUUUAAUUUGAAAUAAUAAUCCUUUUCAGUUUUCAACUCUGAUAGACAACAUAAACAAAGAUGGAAAAGAUUCUGUUUUCUUUAAUUAUUUCUGCAACUGUGUUUCUAAGAGUUUAUGGGAAUAGCACAACUACUACAAGCACACAACCGACAAAGGAAAUAUACAGUACAAGCAAUUUAUCUGUUACCAGCAGCACAAUUACAAAUACAAAGUUGAUAAGUGAUUCACAAACGGCUUCUUCAUGUAUUAGUGAUACAAAGGAUCAGUCAAAUGAGAAUUCCUGGCUGUCACAAAUUUUGGAAUCACCAACAAACAUCAUAAUAGGUGUGUUGGUCGUUGUUAUCCUAAUUCAACUGAUCAUCAUAAUAGCCUUUGGAAAAAAGUUGUGCUUUCUUAAGAAUAUCCAAAAGAAAACAAAAGAACUGAGCACCACUGGGCUACCAGUCAGUAUUCCAAGUGAGGAUGCUAUGCCCAUGCACAAUGAAAACCAAAUAAGUCUGGCAGAGCCCACAGAAACAGAAAUAAUGUUGGAAGAAAUGAGAACCACUGAACCCGUAGAGAAUGAUAAACCUGUUCAAGGAGACCAUGACUGUGAUGGAACAUUGGCAGAAGAUGUCCUACUUCCACCUCCACCCCCGGAGGAUGUGUUUCCUACACCACAAGAUAACCUUCAUAAUCCAGUGGAUGAAACCAUUCUUACUCUUAAUGACACAAAAGAAAUGCAAGAUCUCAUCCUUGAAGUCUAAAGUAGUUUAUAUGUUUAGACUGCUGGAAGAAAUUUCAUUGUUCAAUCAAAAAAGGCUUAAAAACAAAAAUGUCACUUCUGCCAAUAUUCUCUAUGGGGCUACACACCUGAAUGAAAACCAUCUCCAUAAGCAAAGCUUAUUUGUCAAGAACUAUGCUGCCAGAAGCAAACAGAAGAAAAACUAACAUUAUAUAUUAUUAUCUUGUGCAGCUCUGUAAAGGAGUAUG